UGGCAAGCGAUUAGAAUGCGGGAAGUGCUCUUAAUAGAAACGACGUCGUCAGACAGGCAGAAAGGAAAACACAAAGCCUACCGGUCCACCGUUCUUCGAUCGGAAACAAGCCCCAAAAAUGGAGAAAUCAACGAAGAAGCAGCCAUGGUUUUGGACCUCCGCCGUAGCUUCAAUAAUAACACGAUUAGUACUCAUCAUCUAUUUCCCCAAUACUCUCAACUUCUCCUCUCGUCCCGAAAUCUCCACCCCGCUCACCAGCAUUCGCCGCCUGGCGGAAGGUUAUUGGCUAAAGCAGUCUUCGAUGUCGCCUUAUGCUGGUUCAAUGUACCAUGGAUCUCCUCUUUUAUUAUCGAUACUUGGUCCUCUUACCAUUGAUAGAGGUGAAGGGCAGCGAAGCCAUCUAUUAUUCAGUCUGGCAUUUGUUGUUGCAGAUUUCAUCACUGCAAUGCUUAUACGGUCAAUUGGUCAGCUUCUUCAAAUAGCCGAUAGCCAGAGUCUGAAAUCGUUAGGAGCUGGUAGACUUUUGAAAGUUUCAGAAAAUUUUCCGUCUGGUGAUAUAGCUGCCCUUGUGUACUUAUGGAAUCCUUUGACGAUCAUCACCUGUUUGGGGUAUUCAACGGCACCAAUUGAAAAUCUUAUGAUUGUUUUGUCUCUGUAUGGAGCUUGCAAGAGACUGGUUCCCUUGGCCGCGUUUGGAUGGGUGAUAGCAUCUCAUUUGUCCCUCUAUCCUGCUAUUCUAGUCAUUCCCUUGGUUUUGUUAAUAGGUUCUGGUCUCGAUACACCACCAAGGAAACUAUUUGUGCAAAAUAAGUAUGGUGAUGAUCAAAAUGAACUCUCGAGUGAUACCCAUCGUAAGCAUAAGGGAACAACAAAUGGAACAUCAAAUCUGAUAGUUUUCUCGUGGAGACGAGUUGUUCUUUUCUUUUUCUGGGCUUCUGUUUGGGCAUUCUAUGUACUAGUUCUGUGUAGCAUUUCUCUUAAGGAGUUCAGUGGUCUUGGGGAGAUGUUUAAAAGAACGUACGGGUUUAUUCUCAGUGUAGAAGAUUUAUCUCCAAACAUCGGUCUCUUGUGGUACUUCUUUGCAGAAGUUUUCGAUUUUUUCAGAGAUUUCUUCCUGAUAGUAUUCCAUAUAAAUAUUCUUUUCAUGGUAUUGCCACUUGCUAUACGGCUACACCAUCGUCCUUGCUUUCUUGCAUUUGUCUACAUUGCAAUCUCUUCGGUCCUUAAAUCCUACCCUUCCGUUGGGGAUUCGGCUCUUUACUUGGGUCUGCUGGGCCUGUUUGUGAAUGCACUAGCUGAUAUGCAAUUCUCAUUUUUCCUUUUCUCUGGGUAUCUGGGGACUUUACUUCUUAGCCCAGUGAUGCACAACCUGUGGAUAUGGAGGGGAACGGGCAAUGCAAACUUUUACUUCGCUACUGCAAUGGCUUAUGCCUGCUUUCAGAUUAUCUUGGUGGUGGAGAGUGUGAGUUCGAUGCUGAGCCACGAUAGAGCUCUAAAGCAAGCUACUACACCCGUUUCAAAGAAGGUACUGUAGUACAAACUUCGGAUGCUAUACUCGAGAACUUGGAUAUACCACACAAACAAAAUCCCGAAAAAGCUCGUUUUCAAGAGGUAACGUACGGUUUCUUCUACCCGAUUUGAGAUUUUUUUGUCGACAUCUGGGUUCUAUAUCACAUUAUUAUGUUGUAUCGACAAAUUUGCCGUAAAUGAGUAGAAUGCAUUCAUCACAGUUAGAAGCAGUUUAUGAUUGUAAUCUUGUUUCAAGUUCAAAUUAGAUUCUUGGGGCACACUA